GUAUAAAACUUGAAAAUUUCACAUCGAUCCUAGAUAACCGAGAAACUUUGGGGAAUAUUGAUAACGAAUCAACACUUGAUAAAGAAAUCGAUAAACAAACCACCACCGAACUUCUUAAAAAAAUAUCUAAUCGUAAACCUUGUGAUUGUGAGGCAUUUAACGCGAUAGUACAUUUUAACGAAGUAAUCUUUAUCAAUAAACACGCCAACCAAAGUGACAACAUUGCAAAACUUCCGAACCAACUUCGUUUUACAUCGAAACAUAUUAAAGUCAUACUUUUACCGAAAGUUCUCGGGCAAGUUUUUAAGUUUACACCAUUACAAAUCGAUGAAAUUCUUUUUAGAAACAAAUUAUUUGAUAGAUUUAGGUUUGAAUUACUCAAACUUGAACUAAUUCUUGAUCACCAUAAGAUGUAUGACAUAGAAAUAUUAAAAGAACAGAAAGAAAUUACUUCGAAAUUGUUUUAUGGAGUUUUUGACGAAUAUGUAUGGUCUAAAACAUAUCCUAAGAAAGCAUUUUCUAGUAAUUCAUAUGAAUUAGGAAGGUGUAUUGGGAAAUUAAAUAAUUUGGAAAAAAGUAGGAAAAGAAUGGCAACAAUUGCAAAAAAGAAAGCUGUUUGGCCAAGA